GUGAGUCCAGAGACGCUGGGCAGAGAUCAGCGUGGUGAGGAGGGAGCAGCAGAACCAGACCACGAGACGUGAAACAAGCGGCACCGCACUUUAAUGAGCACAUUGAAACGUUUGUUCUUGUUAAAGGAAAAGAGACGGACUGUCUCCAUCGUCCAAUCAGGAUGUUUGUUCUCAUCUGUGCGACUCUGCUCUUCUCUGUGAGACGCAUCUCUGCUGCUACAGAUGGAUCAGUAACCUGGUGUUUUAGAGAGUACUGCAUCACGGUCAGAGAAGGAGAAAUAGCCGCAGAGGCUGGACUCUGUGUGGUCAUACCGUGUUCUUUCACCACUGCUGAUGGCUUCACACCCAAACAUCUGGUGUGGUACAAAUGUGAACCAUCAAAUCAAAAAUGUGGGGAUUCAGACAUGAUAUUCCACUCCAACGAGGGCAACAAGAGAGUUCAGGCUGGGUUUAGGGGACGAGUUUCACUGCUGGAGCCUAAUGUGGGUCUGAAGAACUGCAGCAUCAUCAUCAAUGACCUCACUGAGUCAGACUCUGGAUCAUAUCGACUCAGAGUUAACAGUUUACUAAAAAAUAGGAAAGAAGAUGGAGUAACAUUCAAGCAAAAAGUAACUAUCUCUGUCAAAGGUCUGACCCAGAAGCCCACAGUGGGGAUUCCUCCUCUGGCAGAGGGGCAGCAGACCACACUGAGCUGCACUGCUCCUGGUCUCUGCUCUGGAUCGGAUCCUGAGAUCACCUGGACGUGGAGAGGAGCAGGAGAGAAGGACUCUCCCGUCACAGGAAGCAUCACUGCUGUGAAGACCGAGCACCUGACUUGUGUCACACGGAGACGCAGCUCCACUUUGACCUUUAACCCUUCAGCUGAACACCACGGCACCAAUGUGACCUGUAAGGUCAGCUUCACCAACAACAUCACUACAGAGGAGACGGUCACUCUGAAUGUGACCUAUCUACAUGGACCAAGUGCAGAGCUUCUCUGGAUGGUGAUCGCUGUCAUUUCUCUCAUUGUGAACAUCAUCAUGAUGGUCCUCUUGAUGUUUCUUUGGAACACGAGGAAAAAAGUGACGCCAAACCAAGAGGACAGGACUUACAUGUCACUGCAGAAAACCGACCAAUCCUCAGAGUAUGAUGUCAUCGCUCGACCUCUGAACUAAGAGGCCUCAGCUUCCACUGAGGGAUCGACGAGAUGCUUCUUUCAUUCCUCCCUUCAACAUGUCUGAAGGGUCAUCAAUACGGUUCCUAGACUUUCUUUAACUUAACUGUAACCUGUAUCCCACUUUGGACAGUGUUAUUAUUUUAUUAGUUUACAUUUUAUGUACAAAUGAGCAUUUGAUUGCAACAACGUAUAUGAGAUAAUAAAGAUUUAUUUUGCCUAAUUUGACUAAUAUUACUGCUGCUCAGAACAAAGAAUAUUUUGCCCAAAUAAUAUUGAACUAUUACAACUAUUAUUAUAGUAUUAGACUAACUGACAGAUUUGGUACCCACCCUUUGUAAUGUAAAACAUUACAGAGAAAUAAACUCAUCAGAAUGAUCAGGUGUUUAUCUCUUCAUUAAUCCAUCAUUAAAAAAGUACUUUCAAAAGGACUGCAGUCUUUAUCUUUUUACUUCUACUCAAAACCUAAAAAUACCACUUUAUUUUUAAUUAUUGGUUUAUAUAUAAGUAUACAUAUCUCCUAAAGCGUUUCAGUGUUGUAGUACAUUAUUAUUAUUAUUAUCAUAUAAUAGUUAAUAGGAUCUCUUUUCUACAUGUUCACAUACACUUGUCACUGCUUAUAAUAAUUCAUAAUUUCACCCGUUUACUGUCAGUUUUCAAUACAAA